CACCACUUGGCCACCACCCAAUGUCGUCAAUACUCUGCUAUACUUCCCCCAACCGCGUUCAGAACUAGAAUCUGUACGCUGAGAUGGACUCUGUGGCCUCGCUAGACUGCGGUGUGCGGCUCACUGCACAUCCAGCAAGCAUCCUCAAGCUCCCCGCGGAGAUCAUGCUCGAGAUACUGUCUCUGCUCGACGUUUCGGACCUCUUGGAGGUUCGCCAGACGUGCAUGGUCAUCUGUCGACUAUCCCAGGACAGGUCCGUUUGGCUCAGGAUGCUUUUGAACCGACGAUCGCAAGUACCGAUACCCCCUCCAUAUGACGGUGAUCCAAUCAAGUCAACCCACACCAUGAGCCCCGAAGCCUUGGAGCGACUUGUUCUCUCGAUAUAUUACACUGAGCACUCUUGGCUACUCCCUCGCGCUCCCCCAAUCCUUCUUGGCCUCCCAGAUCAGCCGACCAAUGUCCACAUCUCCGAACAAGGCGGGAACGCUGCUCUCCUCAUGGACGUACUGGCCGACCGUUGGUUGCUAGUCGUAUACGUUGAGGGGCUGGUACGCAUCUGGGAUCUUUACGUUCAGGGCACCACUCCCGCCUCGACCUAUCGAAGAGCGGGCCUUCUGCCACAGAUAGAUUGCUGCUUUAGCUUGCAGUUGUCUAUCGAUUCCCCGCUGUCGUCUGCAUGUGCGUCGAUGAAUGAGGAAGGCACCGCAAUACUUAUUACCCCCGUUUCACAAAGCACAUUCACAGUGCUUGGUGUGCAACUACCCUCAAGUGCGGGCAUACAUGUCACCAGACAGCUCGACAUAAUAGCCGACAUGACUCACGUGUGGAGGUUACCCAGCCCUACACUCAUGGUUCGUGCAAUCCACCCGGCCUCCAGACUGGCAUUCUUCUCCUACUCGGAUACGCUCGUGCUCCUCCAAUGGGACUGCGGGAAGGUAUGGCAGCUACGCACGAUUGACCAGGUCGUUGACGAAGAAAUCUGGACCGGCAUCACUGAUGCGAAGUUCGUCUCUCCACGUCACAUACUCUGCGUGAAGACCCACGAUGUAGAGCUGCUAACAUUGCCCAGCACAUUCGCGCCACAACCCGGGCUACCUAAAUGCAGCGUCUUCGACACGGAUAUGCCCUGCGAGCACAUCCCUAUCAGGGCUUCACCUCACUUCUUCGGUCUGACAUUUCGAGGCGUCUCCAUGUCAGAGGCACAAAUCACUCCAGGCGGCCGCCACGCCGAGACUCGUGUCCGGAUCUCCUUCCUCGCGUACGACAUUCUGCGAGGGCUCUUCCAUUACCGCGUCUCAGUGCUCCUCCCACCAACCGCCGCCACCGAUGGCAUCAUGCACGAUGAGCCGCCGCCACACAUGAGCGUGCGCCUCCUCGCCGUGCACCGCUUAGCACAGCUGUACGCGACCACCGGCGAGGCCGCCACGAAUGUGCCCCGCUCGAGGAGCGGCUUCACGCCUGGCUCGCGCGGCUUCGUGUCGGCGUGCUUCAUGGGGCGGACGGGCAAACGCGGUGUCUGGAUCGAGCGCAGGCGGGGAAGCAUGCAGAGAAAUGUCAUCGCGUUCAGCACUGCGCUCGAUGCACUGGGUGAAGAGGACGCUGCCGAUGAUGGGCUCGAAAACACGCCUGGCGGACGUACCGGGGGGCAAUCGGAUAGCGAGACGGAUCAGCAAGACUGGACGCUGCAUAGCGAGGCGAGACCGAUCGACGGACGGGUGAUAUACGAGGUGAACUCAUAUGAUCUGCGAGACGAUAUAACGCGAUGCGCUUUCGCUGAAGCCAUGGGUACGGUCAUACUUGGCAACCGGAAGGGGGAUCUUAAGUUGCUCUGAGUGACAAUACGUUUUCAUAUCGCUCGCUCUAUGGCGGCCGAUAUUAUACCUUGAUUAGCAGACUUUGAUCAUUCUCCUGACGAGCGUUAGAGCAUGGGAGAAACAGCAGACUCUGGA